AUGGCCAUCGAUUAUGACAUUUAUUAUUAUGAAGAUGUUCAAAACUAUCUCCUUGAACAAACUUUGGAGAAAAGGCUUAACAUCCUCCUAAUGGUAAUCUAUAGCAUUGCCUUCAUUCUGGGGGUCAUCGGAAAUGGGCUGGUCAUCUUCAUCACCGGCUUCCGUAUGAAGAAGACGGUCAACACCAUCUGGUUCCUCAACUUGGCCAUUGCUGACUUCACCUUCACCUUCUUCCUGCCCUUGAACAUUGUCUACCUAGCCCUGGGCUUUCACUGGCCCUUUGGGGAGGCCAUGUGCAAGUUCAACAGCAUCUUGGACUUUGUCAACCUUUAUGCCAGCGUCUACUUCCUCAUGGUGAUCAGCAUAGACCGCUGUAUUUCUGUAUUAUGUCCUGUGUGGGCUCAGAAUCACCGGAACCCCCGAUGUGCUUCCUUCGUGGCUCUCGGGGUCUGGAUUCUGGCCCUCAUGUUGAGUUCGCUGACCAUCCAUUUCAAGACCACCCUGCAGAGUAUUAAUAAGAUCCGCUGCUAUAGCCACUAUAGCCAUGAUAAGAAACAGGCAAAAGUCACCCACCGUGCCGUGAUUAUCAGCUGUUUCAUCUUUGCCUUUGUGAUCCCCUUUCAAGUCAUCCUUAUUUGCUACGGGGCGAUUGUUCUGCGGCUGAGGAGGGACCACUUGGCCCGGUCGAGCAAGCCCUUCAAGGUAAUCACUGCAGUGAUUGUGGCCUUUUUCGUCUGCUGGCUCCCCUAUCAUGUUUUCUCUUUCCUGGAGCGUCACCUCUACAAGGAUCCCGCAAUGCAAUCGACAGUCUUUUUUGGUGUUCUUUUGGCUACCACCCUGACCUUCAUCAACAGCUGCCUGAAUCCCAUCCUGUAUGUCUUCAUGAGGCAUGAUUUCAGGGAAUGGCUGAAACACUCCAUCCUCUCGAUAUUUGAGAACGCCCUCGCUGAGGAAGAAAGCCAAAGCUGCUUUCUCUUUAAGUUGGCUGAAACAGAGCGGAUUGCUACAUUUACUCAGCUUCAGUUUCACAAGGACCCCACACAGAAGUGGAUAUCCCUUAUCAGUGUUCCUUUGGCUACCAGCCUGGGUGUCAUGAACAGCUGCCUGAAUCCCAUCCUGUAUGUCUUCAUGGGGCAUGAUUUCAAGGAAAGGCUGAAACACUCCAUCCUUGCUGUAUUUGAGACUGUCUUUGCUGAGAACGGAAGGCACAACACAACACAAACUAAGGCCAAAUCUUCAGUGGACUUGGACGCUCAAGACUUAUAA